CUUUUGAAGACAAGUCGUUCCUUCGCGUGUAUAACGAAUGAAUACUAAUACCUCAUAACCGCCGUGGAAACUUACAAAUGUCUACUAGAAUGUCUUCCAAGUGGACAUAAUUCGUCCUGUGAGGGAGGACAAGAAGCAUGUGGAGAGCUAAAGGACUCGUGUGGCGAGUGCUGCAUCGGUACCACACCAGCACGCCACUACGUCUGCCUCAGAACCACCAAUUCGAAGAUGAGGUCAUCAACACCUCCACCGUGCUCUCCACGUCUCUUAACUCCUCAGACAGCAGCUCCCAGAAAGAAGAUGAUGGCGAGAGGAGGAAGAAGAAACAAAGAGCCUUCAAGUUCAGCUCACCUGAGCUGCCACAUUACACAGCUCUUGACGCCAUGGGUUGGGGUGCGGCGGCGGUGCUUUUCAUGCAGAUCUGCCGGAAAGUCCACUCUCGAUUCUCUUCAGGCACGGACCCCAGUCCAACCUUGUCGGCACCGUCCACUCUGCACCACUGUGGCUACCGCCUCCUGCUGGAGAUCCUGUCCAGGAAGGAUGUGGUUCCAAGAAGAAGUCAUGUGUUGUGCCUGCACAGUCAGUCUACGGAUGAGGGCAUAAGCAGCAGCAGUAGUGGUCCAAUCGCCAGCAGUGAGCAGAACCACCUGUACACUGACACCUCCACACUAGGCCACCAGGGGCCGCCAGGCGAGGGUCCACCUUUCCAAGGUAUGUUCAAGGGAUAUUUGGACCUGGAAGCUUCGAGCCUGUUGGAAAAUGUCUGCAAGAAAGAUGAGGCGGAGGUUAAACGUGCUCAUGCUAAGGAUGUGUUUUCAAGCGAGGAGAGGCUGGCAGAAGCGGCACAGAACCUCAAAAAAGUGGCAGACACCAACAUCCCAGUCAUCCUGAACAUUAUUGGUCUGGAGAGAGCAAAGAGCGAGAACUACGAGGAAGCCUUCGUCUGUUUCGUGGCAGCAGCUCAGCAAGGCUACAGCAAGGCUGAGUUUAAUACUGGUGUGUGUUACGAGAUGGGCCGAGGAGUCAACAAGGACAAGGAGAAGGCGUUCCAUUACUACUGGCGGGCAGCAGUCGGGGGUCACAAACAGGCUCAGUAUCGUUGUGCAAAGCUGCUUCUGACUCGGGAGCACCAAAGUAUAGACCAGCUGAACGUCGCCAUCAACCUCCUGGAGCAAGCUGCUGCAGCUGACCUGACUAAGGCUCAAUUGUGCCUGGCUUCUGUGUACGCCCGGGAGCCGGUGAGAGAUGGGAGCAAGUCUGUCCACUACCUGCAGAUGGCAGCAAAGAGCAGAGAUGGUACUGCUCUGCUCCUGUUGGGUCAGUGCUAUGAGAGUGGCUUUGGGGUGCAGCAGAACCUGAGGACAGCCAUGCACUUGUACAGACAAGCUGCUCAAGCAGGCAACAAGCAAGCUGGUCUCCUAGUGACGUCUCCCACUGAGACGGACGUGUUGCGCUCCAUCCGAUCUUCACCGUGUUUCGCCGCGUCCGACCUCCACCCCAAGCGGCCGCUCUCCUCUCUGGCCAGCCGUGUGCUCGCAGACACCGGUCCCUCCGUCACCCUUCCCUUCCUGCCUCACUCCUGGAGCACAGGCAGCAUGGAUUGCCCUCCAUCAAUGUCCUCCACUCCUCUUCACCUUCAUCCCCAAAUCCGAGAGGGAAAACCGUGCCAGUGGAUCGUAGGGAUUGGAUAACCGCCAUCUCGGGUGGUUGGUUUCGUUCAGAUCAGGUUUGCUGGCCUACUUACAACGAUUAAGCUAUACUGUCUCUUUUUUACUUGAAGACUAUUCCCUGUCGUUGUUUUUUU